AAGUUCACUUCCCCCCUUUUUUCUCUGUUUCUGCUGUUCUUCCUAAAGUUUGUCUGACUUUUUACCUCUUCCGUCGUCAUAAAAUAAAACUUGCAGACAAAAUCUUCAGUAAUAAAACCUCCGUCAGACUCCCCACAAAAUAUCAUAAUUGCCAUCUAGUUUUAUUUAUCCAGUUAAAUCAAUACUUUUUCCAUCAUUUUCUUUCCAUAUCCGCGGUCAGUUAACAGUUCUUACACUAACAAAUAUAAGCCGGAAGUGGAUGUGUUAAAUUGUUUAUGAGUGAGUGAGUGAGUGAGUGAGUAAGUGAGUGAGUGAGUGAGUAAUUUUGUGAUUAAUUCUGGUUAAUUAUGUCGGUGUCAAAAGGUCUUAGGUGUUGGAAGUGCGGUGGAGGAGAGGAAGUGAGGGUCGAGGAGAGAGAAAGUGAGGUAAAAGAGCGGCGGAGGGCGGUGGUGAGGAGAGAAUUAGAAGUGGAGAGGAGAGAGAAGGAGGUAAAGGAGAGAGAACUGAAAAUGAAGAAACAGAUGGAGGACAAUACAAUUGAAGUGAUAGGGAGGGUAGGAUUCAAAUUGAUAAGGGAUGAAAUGGAUACGAUAUGCAAUAUGCUGGAGUUGAGGGAGAAAGAAAUUAAUAAGAGAACCGAAAUGUUGGUGUCGAAAGAGAAAGUGUUGGGGUUGAAGGAGGAACAAUUGAAGUUGAAGGAGGAGGAGUUCGGUGAUCUUUGUGGAGUGUUGGAGACGAAAGAGAAGCGGAUUCUUGAGCGUGAAGUGGGUAUGGAAUUGAAAGGGAAGGAGAUUAAUGAGCGUUUUCAAGUGUUAGAGGAGAAAGAGAACCGAAUUCUGGAGCUUGAAAGAGAUAAUGAGUUGAAAAGGAAGGAGAUCGAUGAGCGUGUUCAAUUGUUAGAGGCCAAACUAACAGAGAAGCAAAGUGAUCUACUACCACAUUGUCAGCCACAAGAGCAGCACACGGGAAACCGAAUUGAAACGCCCACUUGUGACCAAGCAAAAAUCAGAGAGCCUCAGCCAGAGGCGCGCAAUGAUAUUCAACAUCAAGCUUUGGAUAUGGUAUUCAAGAAAUGUGAUAAUAAACUCCAGGAGUCCAUAACCAAGCUGAGAAAAGAUAUUCCCACUUACGAGCAAGUGAAAACCAGAGAACCUAAGCUAGAGUUGUGCGGUGAGAUUCAAUUGUUUUGCCAAAAUAUGGACACGAAAGGCCUGAGAUCAUACCUAAUUAAGCACUACAAGGACGAGCCUGCGCUGCUUUCGGAGUAUAUUGGUUAUGUUCGGCUAGCACCAGAUGUAGCAAAGUUUGUUCUGGAUGUGAUUCAAAGUUUCUAUGAGUUGCUCGAGUCAGGAAGUGUGUCAAGACAAACUUAUGCAUCUAGUUGCGGAUUUCUGUCAGUAGCAGUGUUGCAAAAGGCUACUAUUACACAAGGUCUAAAAGAUGAUGCGCUCAAGUUCAGUAUCGUGUGGAAAUGCUUUUUGGCUAAGCAGAGUGAUACUGAUCAUAUGGAGAUAUAUUCCUUCCUGCGGUUUUUAGCAUCAUACAAGAUAUCAGAGUUAUAUUGUGCAGAUGAACUACUCUCACUUCUUGGGGCCUUUAUUGCUGAAAAUGAUUCACCUAAGCUAGACUUAUUCUUGUGCCGGAUAUUGGGAUUGAUGAAGGAAAUUCCAGGUCAUAUCCAAUCUCUUAUUAAGAGGGAGGAACAUCUUAUAGCAGUUGUCUUCAUAUGUGUAUCUAAGAUGGAGGAUGAUUUUCCACCAGUCCCUCUACUGAAAGCUUGUUUGGAGGGCAUCCAGAAGAGAGUGCGUGAAAUGGUCAAGAAAGGCAGUGAUACAGCAACUAAGAAUGAUGCUAUCAACAUGGAACUAUCUUCCCUGAAAGCCAUACUUAAAUGCAUUUGCAAAUUCAAGCUUGAGUCCAGUUUUUCACCCGCUCCUCUGGAAUUGCGCAUAAAGCAAUUAGAGAAGGAGAUGAAAAGAAAGACUAAUGCUGAAAGGUUAAUGACCAUAAAAGAGAAUCCUUCAAACUCGAAAAAGAAGGGAGUUGCUUUUCCUGUCAUUGAUCAGUCUUAUUUGGUGAUUGGGAAGAAACGUACUUCGAGUUCCCUGGAGUACCACAACCAAGGAAAUUGUCUCGAUGUAUAUGCUUCUCGAAGGUCAUCUCGAAGAAUCCUAUAAGUCCGCCCUGCUACUAAGUAAGCCUUGUUAUAAUUAGAUCGGUGCCAUAUAUAUAAUAUCAUGUUCCUUAGGCUUAAUUUGGCUUCCUUAGGCUUAAUUUGGCUUCCUGGGAUGGACUUUUGAACUAUAUUUAGGGACGUACGGAGGUUGUAGUUGGCCUCUUAUGGUUGUCAGCGGGUUAUUGUCGUAGGACUCGAGUCCUAGAAGCAGCACAGUUAACUGAUUUGAUUACUGUGAAAUUCAGCUAUAACUCUCAUGUUUGCGUAAAAAUCCAAAGACACCAUCUUAUGACUUCAGUAUUCUCUUUCAAACUCUGCACUAAACAAAGUGAACAUACAACACCAAA